AUGAAGUUCUGUGGUUGUUUAACUGUUGAAAAAGAAUCACGAGAUGAAAAUUCAAAAAAGAAAUAUGUCAAACGAUAUUUUCUUAAACGUGAUUUAUCGUCGAAUAAUAAUAAUGGUUCGACAAUGAGUAUCAAAUCACAAAAAGAAAGAACUAAAUCGAAUACAAAGACGGAAAUAGUAUCAAAUAUAAAAAAACAUACUUCAACAAAUCAAUCAUCAUUAGAAUCGAUUGAUAAAGUUGUUCGCUCUGAUAAUCGUCACGAUACAUCUAAACGACGAUCAGUUACAUUUGCUAAUGAUAGUGAAACUGAACAACGUAAAUUUCUUCGAUUAAAUCAAGUAAAACGUGGAUCAAUCGAUGAAUUACAAUUUCAUGAAAAUAAACGUGCAAAAAGUUCACCAAAUGUAAAUAAUUUUGUAACAAAAAUGAAUACAUCAUAUGAAACAACAACAGGUGAUGAACUUGAUACUUCCCAACAAAAGAAAUCAGUUAUACGUCGUCGAAAACGAAGUAAAUCUCCUCGAAAACAAUUACCAUCUGAACUUCUCGAUGCAAUCAAAUUCGAUCUAGUAGAAUCUGGUGGUUUAGAUGAUAAUCAACUAAAAAUUAUUCCCUAUGAAAAUAUUAAAACAUCAUCUCAACCAAUGCGAAUUAGUAUUUCAUCAUAUUCAUCUCGACAACAAACACGUCGACGACGCUGUUCCUCUCCAUUCAAUCGUGCUGUUGUUCAUAGUGCAUCAACUCAUGUGUUACAUUAUCCAGCUCAACCAAGUAUUGUUUGUAUUGCACAAGUUAAAUCAACAAAAGCCAGUAGUAUAACUAUAAAAACAGCAAAUUUAACGGCUGAUAUUGGUCAAGUUCAUACACUUAAUGUUCAACAAGAUGAACGUGUUCGACUUGAAUGUACAUUAACAUCAAAACAAGAUGCUGAAGAAGCUAUGUGGAUGCGUAUUCGGCCACCUUAUAAUCCUGAUGUUUUAACUUAUCGAGAUAAUGUUGUUUAUGCACCAAAUCGUAUUGAACUUGAACAACAUCGUCUUAGUUCAAGUAUGACUACAAAUGGAACAUAUGUUGAUACCUAUUUUUUAACAUUAACGAUUUUACAUCCAACUAUUGAUGAUGAAGGAAGAUAUAUUUGUUCAAAACAUCGAACUAUAUUUGCUGAAUAUGAUCUUUUUAUAAUUAUACCACCACAAUUUACAGAUGAUCAAAAUUUUAUUCAACAACGAAGUAUUAUUGAAGGUUCAAAUCUUCAACUUUCUUGUUCAGCUCAUGGUCGACCUCAACCUUCAAUUACAUGGUUCUAUCGAACAAAUAAUGAUAAACAUAUUGUAUUAGGUGAUGGUGCAGAUUGUUUAGAUAAAACUUGUGAAAUGAAUUGGAUUAAUUUUACAAGAGAUAAUCCAACAUUAAUCGAAUGUAUUGCUGAUAAUAAAAAAUCUUCUCGAAUAUCAAAAGUAUUUAAUAUCGAUGUACUUUAUCCUCCUACGAUAAAAACAAAUGUUCGAACAUUAAUAGGUUCAAAAAAUAUUGAAGUUUUUAUUGAGUGUUUAUCCAUUGCUAAUCCACCACCUUCAAUUAUUUGGUUUGAUGAUAAUCGACAAGAAAUCGCUGAUCAUCGAUUAUAUACUAUUAAAUAUGAAAAUCAAUCAUCGAUAUUAUCAUUUUUAAUAUCUUUAGCAGAAAAUUCUAAAGUAAAUUAUUAUUGUCAAAGUAAUAAUUCAAUUGGAAUCAUAGAGAAAUUAAUAAAUAUUUCCGAUUUUAUUCAAUUUGAAUCGAAAUCAACGACAAUACGAUUACCCACUGCAUCUCUAUCCAAUAAAUCGAAAUCUAGUAAAUAA